CUCCAACCCCCAAGCAUAACCUUCUCCAGAUGCUCUCCUUCAGCACUUGCUACGCGCACACACACUACAUAAAUAUAUUUAUAUGAGUUGGGUAAGUGUAUUUCUUGGACUCACUUUCCAUCUCUCUGAAAUCUAAAGUCCGAACAUGGCUUCACUGCUUGUGUUGUCGAGCUCCAUCUCUUCCGUACCCCAACACAGUUCUUCCCAGAGAACACGUUAUCAUGAUCAUCGACGACCCCUCUAUCUGCCGUCUUCUUCGUUCUCCAAACGAAAACAGAGUUGCCCCUGCUUCUCCUUGUUCCCUUCAAAGCCACUCCUCUUGUUUUCUCCGAAACUCUUUGCACGUGCUUCUUCUGCUGGUGAUGCUGACACCAGAGAUUCCAGCUUGGUGGGCGAGGACUCUGCGGCGUUUGAUCUUCAACACCAGAAAAUAUCUUCCUGGGUUUACUUCACUGCAAUCUUGGGAGUGGUGCUGUUUGGUCUUAACGUGGCUUGGAUUGAUGCUUCAACUGGCUUCGGUAAGGCUUUUGUUGAUGCCGUUUCAGGGAUUUCAGAUAGUCACGAGGUGGUAGUAUUAGUCCUGAUUCUCAUAUUUGCGAGUGUCCAUAGUGGCUUGGCCAGCUUCCGUGACACCGGUGAGAAACUCAUUGGAGAAAGAGCUUACCGAGUUCUUUUUGCAGGGAUAUCACUACCUUUGGUUGUCACCACCAUUGUGUAUUUUAUUAAUCACAGAUAUGAUGGACUUCAACUCUGGCAGCUCCAGAAUGUUUCUGGGGUUCAUGAAUUUGUGUGGCUUUCUAACUUCAUCUCCUUCUUGUUCCUGUAUCCUUCAACCUUUAAUCUUUUAGAGGUUGCAGCAGUUGACAAGCCUAAACUACAUCUAUGGGAAACUGGCAUUAUAAGAAUAACCAGGCAUCCACAGAUGGUUGGGCAGGUUAUGUGGUGUCUUGCUCAUACAGUUUGGAUUGGAAAUUCUGUGACUGUUGCAGCUUCAAUUGGCUUAAUUGCACAUCAUCUUUUUGGUGUUUGGAAUGGAGACAGGCGUCUGGCCAUAAGAUAUGGGAAAGAUUUUGAGAUAGUUAAGGGUAGAACAAGUAUUAUCCCUUUUGCAGCAAUCAUUGAUGGCAGACAAAGGUUACCUAAAGAUUUCUACAAGGAGUUUAUUCGAUUGCCAUACUUUACAAUCAUCACCAUAACAUUAGGAGCUUACUUUGCACAUCCCCUUAUGCAGGCAGCUAGUUUCAAGCUUCAUUGGUAAGUUAAGGUACAAUACAUUCUGUUGUUUUGAGGAAAAUCUUAUGUGUGUCAUAGUGCAAUCAUGUUUAACAUUAAUGCAUAUAGGAGGCCUUGUUCACCCGAAAAAGAGAACAGGGCAGGGAUGUUAAAUUAUUAUUUAUACCUAAUAUAAUAAACUUUAUGAGCAAAAGUAGUAUACAGCCAUCAGCAAUUAUUAAGAACAAGCUAGUUCAGUUG